CCUAGACCUAGCGUGCGGGUGCCAGCUCUCCGACGGAGGCGCCGCGGCGCCACGGCAAAUAGACGCCACCACGACACACGACGGGGCGCGCACGCCGCCGCCGCGAAGCCUAAGGACACGGGGGCAGCGCCACCGAGGGCGCCGCACCGCCCGCGGCCGAGCACGCAAGGGGCAGCCCCACAACGCCAAGGAGCCAAUCGGUCGCAACGCUAAGGGAUGUACAGCACGCGGGGCAGCACGCGCGCCAACUGGGCCCACGGCCACACGCGCAGCGCCCUGGACCCCUCCAUCAAGCUCCAGGGCUACCCUAAUACUUACUCAGCCAUCGGCGAGUUCCACCGGCAGGACCUAGAUCGGCACGCGCUGGAUCCUUUACAUAGGCCGUUCCGGGACCACUCUAGAAGGAGAGAGUACCCGUCGGAGACGCGGCUGUGCCCGGACGUCCCUGUGCAACUCGAACCGCGUUUACCGGACGACCGGAAGGCGAGCUGGCUGCCCUUUGAAAGGCAGUCUAUCCAAGAGCAGGAGUUCGAAGAUGUAUUGGAUGAACUAGACCAGCGCUUCAACGUCUCGGCGCGGUGUGCUAGACGUAGACGAUCAACUCUGAGAAUAUCGAAGCAGGACCAGGAGGACAAUACCGUGUAUGAGGACUUCGCGGAAGAGGACGAAAAAGUAGACGUACUGGCGUUGAAGAACGCGUCGCGCUUCGGCGACCCUUCUACAAACUUAAAGAAGGACAAGGACACGCUCCAAAAGAUGGAGGACUACUUUUCGUCAAGGGCUACUUUCGAGGAGCCGGGGUCGAGGCCGGGAUCCGCUGGAAGUAGACCCGGCUCGUCGAGACCAGGAUCUAGACCAGGAUCGCGCGGAUCGUCUAGGGGAGGCUCUAGGCCAUCUUCUCGAGCGCAGCAGCGCGCCGCCGAGGCUAGAGCAAAAUAUUCGCAGCCUAGAGAUGAAUGGGACUUGAGGAUGAAAAAAUGGAUCGACGGGAACCGGAGGCGCAUCCAGGCGAUCGAGCGAGAGAAUGCAGAGUAUGAACGGCGCCUCUCACUCCGAAACUCGCGCAUGAGCCGCGGCAGUUUGGACGACCGACGGCGGUCCCAGUCGUCGCUGCUCGACGCGCCGCUGGGCCUGCUCGGCGACACGACACAACACGCGAAGACAGAAGUCGAGCCGCGCAGCACGAUGGCGUUUAUUAAGACCUAAAUUAUAACUCGCCGUAGGCGCUCGAGACCGAUCGUUUUCGACGGUCCCGUUCUUUCUUUCUUUUAGCUAGGUCGCGCUUGCGCUUGAGGAGGUCCUUGCGCGCCUGGCGCUGCGCUU